UCAAGUUCCAUCGCUCAAAGCGUUGUUACUCCAGACUUUCCAUGAGAGAAACCUUUCAAUUCUACUGCUGUCUAGGUCGACCAGAAUUUUUAAAAUUGACCCAACCAGCUCGAACACCCACUUAAGUGCAACCUAACCUUCCCCCUUUAAGUGAAUCACUCACCUAAAAAUACAAACUUCUCAUAAAAUUAGUAUCAAUCGGUGAAAUCAUCCACAAACAUCUUACUUUCCUUAUCCACUUUCUCUAAAAAAAAGAAAAGCAACACAGGAAAAACGAAUCUAUGAAAAAGCAUUUCUUAAAAAAGACAAUUUUCUUUUUGAGAGUGACUCCUCCUGGAUGAGAAUCUACUUGAGCCAGAAAGCGACUUGUUUUAAAUCUAAAGUUAACUUGAACGAACCGACUUUCUCGCGUAGUUACAUACGUAUCUUCAUUCACGUAUGCUGCCUGGUGAUCAGGACGAGACGAGGAGAAAGCAAUCUCAAGAAAGCCUCUCGCUCUCUCUUUGAAAAGGUAUUGUGUACGAGAGGGAAGGAGGUCGCGGUCGUGGGCUGCGACUGACUGACUGACUGAGUGACGGUCUUCCUAUACGGAGAAGAAGAAAAAAAACGAAUCAAAAAGAAAGUUGCAUUCCGACGUCGGUCUUCCCACAAUGAGCGGAAUCUUAGAGGAGACACAUUUCUAUUAAUAUUUGAGACUUGCUUGGAGAGAAAUGCGUGCCGACGAAGAAAGAGCAACAGUUUGCCUCGCGAAUCUUUAUCGGUGCAAAUAAAAAAAAACUGAGAAACCCAACCAAACCAUCACAAUUUCCCGAGUACGGGAGGCCCUUGAAGAAAAUUUCCUUCGCCGAGCUAACACGGCGCACUUUCUCCCCAAAAUUGUUAAACUUUCCACCUAAAAAGUGGAGCGACCCAUUCAUCCCAAAAUUUUGAAACAAAAGUAAUAAACUUGACCACCAUGCCGGGAAGGAAGGGACUCCUCGCCCCGCAAAAUACAUUCCUUGACACCAUCGCGACACGUUUUGAUGGGACACAUUCCAACUUUGUCCUGGGAAAUGCUCAAGUCGCCACGCACCCGAUCGUCUACUGUUCCGACGGUUUUUGCGAACUGACGGGAUAUGCUCGCGCCCAAAUUAUGCAAAAGGGGUGUGCCUGCAAAUUCCUGUUUGGCGCAGAAACGACGGAAGAUCAGAAACUGGAAAUUGCAAAGUCGCUCGAUCAGAAAACAGAGUUGAAACUGGAGUUAAUCCUCUACAAGAAAACGGGAACACCGUUUUGGUGUUUGUUGGACAUUGUUCCCAUAAAGAAUGAAAAAAGAGAGGUCGUCCUCUUUCUCGCAUCCCACAAAGAUAUCACACACACAAAAGUGGCAGAAUUUUGUGACGUUAACGACGUCUACGAUUCAGAUGCGAACGGGAACCUGGACCCAGAAGCACCUCCAGCAAAUUAUGGAAGGAGACGGAGCCGAGCCGUCCUCUAUCAACUUUCUGGCCAUUACACGAAGGACAGGCGAAAGUCCAAGAUGAAAUUACAGAACACCCUUUUACAACCAACGGAAGCUCCUCUGCCCGAGUAUAAAACUGCAGCGAUAGAAAAGUCACGCUUUAUUUUGUCACAUUACGGCACAUUUAAAACCUGCUGGGAUUGGCUCAUCCUGGUCGCCACAUUCUACGUCGCAGUUCUCGUCCCGUACAACGCCGCGUUUGGUGGGAGGAAUGAAACGUCGUAUCCCUCCGUUCCAGAUGUCGUCGUUGAAAUGCUAUUCAUCAUCGAUAUCAUUUUCCAUUUCCGGACGACAUUUGUAAACGUGAAGGGCGAAGUGGUCUCAAAUCCGAAAGUUAUCGCGAUGAAUUAUGUGAGAGGGUGGUUCCUUCUCGAUCUCUUGGCUGCGCUACCGUUCGACUUGUUAUUUGCGGCGAAUAUUGUCAAGGAUGUGACGGGGGAGUCGCAAAUGCAUUUAUUAAAACUGACCCGGUUGAUCCGUUUGGCUCGACUGCUGCAAAAAAUGGACCGCUACUCUCAAUUCUCUGCCGCAAUUUUGACCCUGUUAAUGCUCUCGUUUACGCUGGCUGCUCACUGGCUGGCCUGCAUUUGGUACGUCAUUGCCGAUCAGGAGAUCGACUCGCAUGGCGCGGAAUGGACAAUAGGCUGGAUGCACACUUUGGCGGAAAAGUUGGAGAUGAACGUCACACAAAUCUCGAAUGCAGACAAGUAUGUGACCGCACUGUACUUCACCUGCUCCAGCUUGACAAGCGUCGGCUUUGGAAACGUCGCGGCCAACACGCUGCCCGAGAAAACUUUCUCCAUCCUCGUCAUGCUUAUUGGAGCCUUGAUGCACGCGAUGGUGUUUGGAAACGUGACGGCGAUCGUGCAGCGAAUGUACGCCCGAAGAUCGCAGUAUCAGAGCAAGUGGCGAAAUCUCAAGGAUUUCUUUACCCUUCAUCAAAUUCCGUCAGAACUAAAACAGCGUGUGGAGGAUUACUUUCAAACCAUGUGGGCACUCAACCAUGGCAUUGAUCCACAUGAGACGCUGAAAGAAUUUCCCGAAGAAUUGCGAGGUGACGUGAGUAUGCAUUUGCACAAGGAAAUUUUAUCCCUGCCAAUUUUCGAGCCUGCCCCACACGGUUGUUUGAAACUGCUCUCGCUCCACAUCCGCACCAACUUUUGCGCUCCCGGAGAGUAUUUGACACACAAAGGAGAUGCUCUUCAUUAUAUUUAUUAUUUGUCGAAUGGAUCCAUGGAGGUGGUUCAGGGCGCGAUGGUUGUCGCCAUUCUUGGAAAAGGAGAUCUGGUCGGGAGCGACAUAUCACAACAAAUUACGGCCGUGUGCGACCAAAUCAUCAAGUCGAGCUGUGAUGUUCGAGCACUGACGUACUGCGACUUGAAGAGUAUUUACAUCCCCGGCCUUAUCGAAGUUCUAAGAAUGUAUCCAGAGUUCCAGACCGAGUUCUCGCACGAUAUUCAGCACGAUUUGACCUACAACUUGAGAGAAGGCUACGAGGCGGACGCGGAUACAGACAUGAAUUUUUCCGAAAAUGGUCACGGCAUACCUUCUACGACACUGCCUUCUAUCGGCGAAGACGAAGAGGACGAGGAGGACGAGGAUGCACGCAGAUUAAUCAAUGCCAGGUCGGAUGACAGUCGCUCCUUCAGUUCAAAGUCACCCUUGUUAUCACGCGAGAACGGUGCGAGUAAGCGAUCCCUUUCAGAAUGCGGAUCGCCCAACGUGUCCACGACCGAUGUCCAUUCCGAAUUGAUCAGUUUAGCGCAAGAAAUGCGAUCAUUGGUUAAAAAUCUGGAGAAAACUACAAAAUCUCAGAAGACACAAACUGAACCGAAGUCAAUUUCAUGGGUGUCGAGCCCUUCUCUUAUUUAAGUAUGGAAUAAGUAAUGCGUGAUCCAAUUAAUAUUUGUGUACCUGAUUGGCCGAUGUAUUCUGCGUGUCGUUGUCGUGUCAUGGAACUCAUUAUCAUUACUCACCGCCAGUCAAGAUAUUCUAAUGUUAUUAACAAGUACUGUACAUAUGAUAUGAAAUUAUUGUUAAUACCGCUAAGUUAUGCAUAUUUAAAGAUUGAAUCAAAUUUCUCUAAUGAUUCUAAAUAAUUUUAUUGGAGGAUUCGUAUCACUUAAUAAAUUUCUCCAUUUUUACUUUCACCCAUUGUUCUGAGUGAUUUCUUUUGUGAUCAUUAUUGUACAAUUUAUAAUAUACGACGAUAUAUAAUAUGUCGGCCAGAUUAGAUGUAUAGUAAUUUUUAAAGAAAGAUGUUACAAAAUGAGGUUUAAUAGAAUGUAGUGGCUUGAUAAAUGCGAUUAAAGUUGAUUUAUUGUGUAAAAUAUGUGUAUAUUUAAAGAAAUCUGUACUCAUCAAUUAAUAUGAGUGCAUACAUAAUUGUGCAGUCUUGGUUGAAAUCACACGACUGCAGGAAUCUUUUCAUAAUUUAAAAUCAAAAUAUAAACCAACCAAAAAAAUGUUUCUUUCAUGACCACAACAAAUAUGUAAACUUUGCUAAAGAUAAAAUUCUUACACAAAUCGAGAGAAAUUUUAUAUAAAUUUAAGAAAACAUGUUAGAAGAACCCUAGUUUAGUCAUAAAGUUAUGUAUCUGAUCUCAUCUGCCUUUACAUAAUUAAUAUGUACAUAUUUAUGACCUACAAUUUCUGGAUGAUGUACAUAAAACUCCAAACGUUUAAUUUUUUACGGCGUAACAAACUACAAUAUAUUUACCCACGGGAAACAAAGUUAUAUAUGUAGAAGUGAGUAUUUUAAAUUAUGUAUUUUCCUGGAAAACUGGCUUUCCUUAUGUGUAAAAUAUGCAUCCAUCCGGAUGUGAUUAUUGUACAUAAUUGUGUAUUUAAUUAAUGGAUGUCAUAUAUUUACCUGUAGACGAAUUGUUUUAGAAAAAGAAAAUGUUAAAUCAAGUAAAUUUAGUGCACCCAUUAAUUAAGAAGGAACAAACCAUUCUCCAGACGGACAUAAUGCAUAUUUAUCUGUAAUAAAUAUUUACCACAAUUUUGUUUAUAAAUCAAUUAGUGUAUAAAUAUAUAUCUGAUCAAAUUAAAAUACUUUUGACGCAAU